CGAGAGUCCCUUGAGGGCACAAGUGCCACUGCCUAGUACUAAGUACUACUAGUAGAUAGGUACCCGUCACUAAAUAGUCCGCCCCCGUGUAACUUCACCCUGCGCUCUCGAGGUACAUGCAGGCAAACCCAAGCCAGCCUUGUGCCCGUCCUUCUCUUCCAUUCAUCCCACCCACCUUCCACUCUCGCUCUCGCUCUCUUUCCGUCGUUCUCUCAGUCUCCCCUCCCCUUCUCAGCCCUGCAGCCCUACUCCCUUCUACUCCCGACCUGUACACGGUUCGAUCCCGUUCAUCGUGCGACCGUCGCUUGACUCGCUUCCAUAUUGUUGGGGCCUGCCAUACGAGAUCUCAACCAUUCUUUCUCUCUCUCUCUCUCUCUCUCUCUCUCUCUCUUUCUUUUUUACUCUUGGCCCCCUCGCCUAGCUGCACCUUAAUUCUGCUUUCCUGUCACGGUGGGCUGAAAGUCAGCUGGCAGUUCCUCGGCCUUUAAAAAACAAGCAUUGGCUGUAUCCCGUCGUUCCUUCCUAAACUUGACUUUCAGGAUCACUCCUUCCUUCCCAUUCCAAACAUCUCACUCAACCCGCGCCCUGCCCUUCCUUCCUUUCUUAUUCAUUCUUGUCCUCUUGGCUGUUUUCUUGAUACCCUAUACCUGUCUUUUU